CAGAGGAUCCAAAGCAGGCUCUGCACUGAUGACAGAGAGCUGAUGUGGGGCUCAGACUCAUGAACUGAGAGAUCAUGACCUGAGCCAGAGUCGGACGCUUAACCAACUGAACCAGCCAGGGCCCCAAGAUUUUAUUUUUAAGUAAUGUCUGCACCCAACGUGGGGCUCCAACUCACAACCCUGAGGUUAAGCGUCGCAUGCUUUACCAACUGAGCCUGCCAGGCGCUCCGGGCCCUCUGUGGGUAAACCAGGGCCUGGUGUUGGAGCGUGGUGGGUAGCUCACUGUAUUUCAUAGCAGUGGAGGAUGGCAGGAUCUGAAAAGAGCCCUCUGAAAACAACCCCCCCUGCCCCCCUAAGGAGGACAUCACUCCACCCCUCAGUGUGACAACGCUUAGCGACCUGCUUCCCAAAGUACAGUCGGGACGGGGUGGGGGAAGUAAGUUCACAGAGGAGAAAGCUGAGCGUGCUGCCUUGUCAGGUGAUCAGGGUUCACGUGAAUGUCACGUACCUCCCGUGUCCCCUUGACAUGAAGGGAUGGGAAGGGCCCUCCAUCUCAUGGUCUUCCCCCCAAAACCCACACCCCGUCUAACCGUGAGAAAAACCCAGACAAACGGAAACGGAAGGACGUACUGCAGAGUGCCCUUCAGGUCCUUCUGCAAACCGUCAUAAUUACAAAGCAAGUCUGAGCUCGUGUGAGAGCGCAGAGGUGCCUGAGCAGUUGUAGCAGCUGACGGCCAUGUGGGAUCCGGGCGGGGACCCUGGAAGAGAGAGAGGACAUGGGGAAGACCGGCGAGAUCCGAAUAUAUAUCGUGUUAAUUUAUCAUAUUGGUUCAUCAGUUGUGACAAAGCCACGGCCCUAACGUAAAUGGUAACAUUUCCCAGGGGAAACUGGCUCUGGGUAUCCGGGGACUCUGGGCUGUCGGUGCAGUUUUUCUGUAAAUCUCAACUAGGAUAAAAUAAAACCUUUCUCCGUAUGUAUCCAGAACGGCCCGCCCCUGAUGUGAGCAAGGAGGGUGGUGUGUGGGGGACAAGAGCGCCGUCACAGAGGCUCAGGAGCCACCCAGUGUGCAGGUGGAGUGGGGAGGAGCUUGUUGGUAGCGGCAGAAAUGGAGAAAAGUGGGCAGCAGAGGAAUCACGGAAAAUGUGGAGUGAGCCAGGGGCCCAUUUUUAAUAGAUUUGCGUCUGAGUAAAAGAAGAGGAGGGGGCAGGUCUGAGGCAGCAACCCCAGAGCACUUUCUUUGGCGGUGAGGUCAUUGGGAGCCCUGGUAGACGUCCAGAUGGCCGGUCAUCCAGGACAGGUGAGCGUGGGGGCGGGCGGCGCAGGUGUGGGAAGCGCAGCCGUCUGCGUGGCCUGAGGGCCAGGGGACUGGAGCAGGUCACCCGGGAAGGGUGUGGUGACGGAGAAGGAAGGGGACCACCCAGAGUUGGGGGUGUCCAACAGGGAGAGGUGUGCCCAGAAGGGGCUCCGCAAAGGACCUCCCUUGCCCCCGGGGCUUUGGGCUGGACACGGGCGGCCUUGCCGCCAACCCCGAGGACUCAGGGUCGCGUCUUCCCCUCAGGAACACCGCUGCCUCUGCAGCAGGGGACACAGGGUCCGGAAUCCCCUUGCGGGAGGGGCCCCUCACUGUGGGCAGGGGCGCCGGGGCCACCUGGUGUGAGCGUCUCCGCCCCACGCGCCCUCCCUGCUCUGUGACGCGGUGGUGGCAGCCUGCGUUGGCCUGUUCCCCGCCGGUCUCAGUCCGGGGCCCGGAGCCAGAGUGCACGAUGACCGUCCUCCAGAGGCUCGUGCGGGCGCUUGGGCACCGCGUCCCCGCCAGCCGCUGGGGGCCCACGCUGGCCAAGGCUGAGGGCGGUGUGCGCGGCCUUGCCACCAGCGCUCGCGCCCGCGCCAAAUUCUACUCGGAUCCCGUGGAGGCCGUCAAAGACAUCGCGGACAGGGCCAAGAUCAUGGUCAGCGGCUUCGGGCUCUGCGGGAUUCCAGAGAACCUGAUUCAGGCGCUGCUCCGCACGCGCGUCAAAGACUUGACCGUGGUCAGCAGCAACGUGGGCGUGGACGGCUUUGGGCCGGGCCUGUUACUGGAGGCCAAGCAGAUCGCCCGCCUCAUCUGCUCCUACGUGGGGGAGAACACGCUGGGCGAGCGCCGGUACCUGGCGGGCGAGCUGGAGCUGGAGCUGACGCCCCAGGGCACCCUGGCCGAGCGCAUCCGCGCCGGGGGCGCCUGGGUGCCCGCCUUCUACACUCCCAUGGCCUACGGGACCCUGGUUCAGGAGGGAGGCGCCCCCAUCAGGUCCGCGCCCGACGGCCACAUCGCCACCAUGAGCCAGCCCCGAGAGGUGAGGGAGUUCCACGGGCACCACUAUCUUCUGGAGCAAGCCAUCACCGCCGAUUUUGCUUUGGUGAAGGGGUGGAAGGCCGACCGCGCCGGGAACGUCAUCUUCAGAAAAAGCGCCAGGAAUUUCAACGUGCCCAUGUGCAAAGCUGCGGAAACCUCCGUGGUGGAGGUGGAAGACGUGGAUGUGGGGACCUUUGCCCCCGAAGACAUCCACGUUCCUAACAUUUAUGUCGACCGCGUGAUUCAGGGAGAAAAACACGAGAAAAGAAUUGAGCAUCUAGCCCUCAGGAAGGAGCACGAUGAAAAAGCCGAGUCUGCAGAUGACCCCGGGGCCCGAAUUGUCAAGCGGGCAGCUCUUGAAUUUGAGGAAGGCAUGUAUGCCAAUCUGGGCAUAGGAAUCCCGCUCCUGGCCAGCAACUACAUCAGCCCGGACAUGACUGUUCAUCUUCACAGUGAACAUGGCAUCCUGGGCUUGGGGCCGUUCCCACCCAAAGAUGUGGAUGCAGAUCUCAUCAACGCGGGCAAGCAGACGAUGAGCAUUUUCCCCGGGGGCUGUUUCUUCUCCAGCGGUGACUCAUUCGCCAUGAUUCGAGGGGGGCACCUCGACCUCACCAUGCUGGGAGCCAUGCAGGUCUCUAAAUACCGUGACCUCGCUAACUGGAUGAUACCCGGGAAGAAGGUGAAAGGCAUGGGGGGGGGGGGUGGCAUGGACUUGGUGUCCAGUCCCAAGACCAGAGUGGUGGUCACCAUGGCGCACUGCACCAAGGCCAACGAACCCAAAAUCUCGGAGAAGCGUACCAUGCCGCUGACCGGGAAGCGCUGUGUGGACCGGAUCAUCACUGACAAGGCCGUGUUCGACGUGCACAAGAAGAAACACCUGACGCUGAUCGAGCUCUGGGGCGGGCUGACCGUGGACGAUGUCACAGAGCACGGGCAGCCCUUCGCCGUGUCACCGAACCUCAGACCCAUGCAGCAGGUGGCCGCCUGACCCGGGGAAGGAAGCCCUGGUCAGAGGGUGUGUUUCAUUUUCGCCACUGCCUCUCACCCAGAAGGGGUGUCAUCACACCUGUCCGUUCGUCUGACCGGUUCUCCUGGCGUCUCAGACUCGGCUACCGCCAGACAGACUAUUCUCUCAUUAGGAAUAUGGCUUUAAUUAAAAACAAAAGGAGAUCAUUGGUGUUUCUCUUGCAUAUUCUGUGAGUCCUGAGUUAGGUCUGGUUCCGUCGUCGGGCACUCGGACGCCCUCCUCACUGUGAUGUUUACGUUAAAUUCCUGCAGCUCUGAUGAUCCCACAGGAAGGCUUUCACCGAGGAGCCUUCUCUCGGGAACGAGCCACGAAAUGUGAGGGGAAGGGAUGAGGGAGGAGUAACCACCCCCGUAUCCCCAAGGCUCCUUCCAGUGUCAGCCCCUGCAGCUGACCCCCCUCCCG